AUGGCUACGAAUCUGUACGAUAUUGUUAUCAUCGGGGCGGGACCGGUUGGCCUGAUGCUGUCAACUUGUCUGUCAAGAUGGGGUUACAAGAUCAAGCACAUUGACAACAGACCAGAGCCCACGGCUACCGGGCGCGCAGAUGGCAUCCAGCCGCGGUCGCUGGAUCUGCUGCGGAAUAUGGGCUUGAAGCGCAAGAUCAUGGAGUAUGAGCCUGCAAAGGUCUACGAGGUUGCCUUUUGGGAUCCGAGUGCGAAGGGCAUCCAUAGGACGGGAACCUGGGCUUCCUGUCCCAAGUUCAUCGACGCGAGACAUCCGUUCACGACACUGCUACACCAAGGCUUGAUCGAGAGGGUAUUCAUCGACGACAUUGAGAAGAACGGCACACAGAUUCAGAGGCCAUGGACUAUCACUGGCUUUAAGAACAACGGCGCAGACCCCACAUACCCGGUUGAGGUGAGCCUGCAACAUGUAGACGGCACAGCCUCCGAAACCGUACGCGCAAAGUACCUCUUCAGCGGCGAGGGAGCCAGGAGUUUUGUUCGCGAGCAGCUCAAGAUUGGCAUCAAGUACAAAGACCCAAUUGCCCACGUCUGGGGCGUCAUGGACGGCGUAGUCCGCACCACCUUCCCAGACAUUAAGAUGAAAUGCACAAUCCACUCCGACGCCGGCUCCAUCAUGGUCAUUCCCCGCGAGAACAACAUGGUCCGCCUGUACAUCCAGAUCGCUUCCUCCACCGACAAAGACUGGAACCCCCGCAAGUCCGCCACCGCAGAGGAAGUCCAGCAGCGCGCCAAGGACAUCCUCAAGCCAUACACCAUUUCCUGGGACCGCGUUGAGUGGUUCUCCGUGUACCCGAUCGGCCAGGGUAUCGCAGAGCGCUACACCCUCGACGAGCGCGUUUUCAUGGGCGGAGACGCCUGCCACACACAUUCCCCCAAAGCCGGUCAGGGCAUGAACACAGCCUUCCUCGACGCCGUCAACCUCGCCUGGAAAAUCCACCACGUAGAAUCCGGCUUCGCCCCGCGCUCCCUCCUCUCCACCUACGAGUCGGAGCGCAAGCUCAUCGCCGAAAACCUCCUCGACUUCGACGCCCGCUACGCAAAGCUCUUUUCCGCGCGCAUCCCCUCUGCCGGCGAAGUAGCUGGGGCCGCAGAGGCAUCGGACCUCACUGAAAACGAAUUCAUAAAGACAUUCAAGGCGUCCUGCGAGUUCACCUCCGGCUACGGCGUCGCCUACAACCCCAACACAAUAAACUGGUCGCCCUCGCACCCGGCUCAACACCCCCUCUUCCUCACCUACGAAAAAGGCACCGCACUCCGCACCGGCCGCACCCUGCACAACGCAACCGUCACCCGCGUCGUCGACGCCAACGUCGUGCACCUCGAGCAGGAGAUCCCGCUGAACGGAUCCUACAGGGUCUACGUCUUCGGCGGGAAGCCCGCCACCACCAAGCGCGCGGUCGAGGAUCUGGCAACACACAUGGCAGCCCCGACGUCUUUCUUCGCCACCUUCUCCCACAAGGACCAAGCAUUGGAUCGCUACCACGAGAAACACACACCCCACACGUCCUUCCUCUCGCUCUGCACCAUCUUCGCCACCCCGCGCUCGCAGCUCGAAAUCGACGAGUUGCUGCCGCCGGUCUUCGCUACCUACCGCGACCACGUCUACGCAGACGACGUGUGGGAUGCGCGGGUGCCCGAGGCAAAGGCCGCGGCGCACGCCAAGAUGGGUUUGGACGAGGAGAAAGGUGGGGUUGUGGUCGUGCGGCCGGAUGGGUAUGUGGGCGCCGUUGUGCGGCUCGAGGAGGGCAGCGGGACGUGUGAGGCGCUGAACAAGUAUUUUGGGGCUGUCACCGGAAAGAGAAUGGGGGAUGAGCGGGCGAGUUUGUAG